AAGAUCGUCAGUAAUAGGCAAUGAUAUUCUUUCUCAUGAUCUGAAAAUAUGUUGAAAAGAUCGAUGUCGAACCCUUUUGUGAAGUCUAUGUUGAACGCAGAAGUCGAGUAGCCUGUGAUUGCUGCCCGUGCUUGAUCUCAUAAUCUCGCAAUAUGUUGCGGAGAUCGAUGACGAACCCCUUUGUGAAUGGAUGAGGUAGCAAACCCCUUCGUGAAUAAAUAAUUUUUAAGAAGUGUCGGGUAAUAGGGGGGCGGGCUUGACACCACAGGUGAAGUUGGUGGUUGGCUGGUAAAUGCAACGUGUCCCAAACAGAUCAACAAACUAUUUCCUCUUUUAUUCCCUUAAUUUUCCCUCCUUUCUCCAACCGAACCAUGGAAGCCUUGCUCCCAAUUUCUACCUCUCCCUUCCGAUUCCCUCCCACAGCCAAUACCAGCCCUCGUCCUGUUUCUCCUUUCCCCCUCAAUCUGCGUUCAAAUUCGCUCAAUAAGCGGAGACGAACGCCCACGUUUGCGGCCAUUGAUGGCGCUUCGCUUGCAGCAGCAGCAGCCGAUCCCACUCAGGUUGAAAUCACUUGGCAGAUUGUCGUGGGAGCGAUUGCUGGAGUGACCCCGUUCGUGGUGGCCGGAAUCGAGUUCAGCAAGAGGAUUGUGGCUCAGAAGAGAUGUAAAGAAUGUGGUGGUUCGGGGCUUGUUUUGAUGGACAAAGACUACUUCCGUUGCCCUGAAUGCGGUGGUUUUUUGCCAUGGCAGUCGUGGAGGCGAUUCUUUUCGGGCUAAAGAAGACAAUCAUUAGUACGUCUCUUUUAAAGCCCGCAAUCACGAUGGUACGCUGAGGUUAGCAUAAAUUACGAUGUGUCGCUCAAGGUCUCUCGAACCCCCUGUUGUACCAAUGUCUAUAUUCUGUUCUAGAAAUAAGGUAAUGAAUGAUCUUCCGGUAUGUAGUUUCGUUUUGGUGUUACAACAGGCUGAGAGCAGUGCCCGCUCCCUUGUGUUUGAGGGAGUUGGUGCGACGAAGUAGGUGCGGGUGAGGCAUUCGACUUCGAGUGGCUUUGAUACCGAACAUAAGAAAGAGACAGAAUAAUAACAUUGAAAUAGGGGGAGGUUUGU